UAAGCGCGUAAUGUUCAGACAACGACAAAAACUUGUUGAUGGCGAACAACUUUAUAUGUACCUAAGACCUACAGAUACCGAUAACAAGUUUUAUAUUGUUUUUUCUUCCAAAGUCGCGCGCUAGUUCGCGUUGAUGAUAACAGACGCCAGGAAGUCAAUAGGUACCUACUACCGAAAUAUGGAAAUGCAAAUUUAUCGUCAUUGCCAGUGAUAUCGCGGGGGUUCGUUUUCGUACCAAAUUUUUGAGUGUUUCCAGCACCUCCUCUUUUUGUGUUUCGGAGUGUCCGUUUUUUGAUUUGCGCGAGUGUCCGGUCCGGCUUCACACUGUUCGUCAUGAUUUUGGAAAUAAUUGACGGUAUUUUGGAUUAUACCUUCGAUACGGCGGUUUUAUUAGUGUCGGGGUGUGUUUCGAUGGUCGCUUUGAGUGGAGUUUGUUCGAUGGUUACGUUCGUCAUCGUCAAGCAACUGAAACGCAUCAGUACGAAAAAACUCUCGGAAGCCGGGAACAAAAUCGAUGAAUCGAACGAUAAACGAGAAGUGAAUGAUUUGCAAGCCAAAGCUGAGCUGAACGGUGCAGAUCGAGGAAGAUGGUUUAUCAAAACAUCUGAAGAGCGUCUGGUUACGUUGAAAAUAUUGAGGCAGGAAUCAAUCACGGUGGCGUCAAGUUCGGGAUCAAGUUCAGAAAAAGAUGCAGAAAUACGAGAAUUUUUGGAACACCUGAUCGGUACUUUGAUCUCGGAGAAUUUAGACGACGUGCCUCUUACACCUUUAUCGAAUGAUGUCCAAUAUGAGAAUAUUUUCACCGAGUACCAUGCCAAAUUAUCCAAAACUUUAUCUACGCUGUCCAGCUCUUUGCAUUCGAAAGCCACCUGUCAAUCACCCAAUAACGAGACACCUAAACCGUCUGAUUUGUACAUCGAGUUGAAAAAAAUCAUCGGCCAAGUCUGCGAGAAAGCUCCUUUACUUCCUUCUUUGCCGGAAUACGAUAACGAAUCGGGACCAUUAUCGAUCGAAUCGCGAUUAGAAGGUCAAAGCUACGAAGAUAUUUUAUCUACUGCUGUAUUAAACAAGAUCAUUUUAAAAAGUCAAAAUGGAAAACAAUCUUAUCAUUUGGCAGAUGACGAUAUCGACUUGAACAUAACCAAUGAUUUCGAGUACAGAUUCAAUAAUCACAGUUUGAGUUCUAGUCCUCUGGAGCGUUUAUCAUUAAGAGUUGAAGAACACAUUGAAGAAAUCACCACCAGGUAUCAAUCUUCGGAUGAUGAAAAUGAUGACUCGAUUGUCGAAUGUUUACAGAGCUUCAAUUUAAACGCCGGUCAUCGAGUUCAUUUCCCCGAACUCGGCAAAGACGUAGUCGACGUAGGUUAUGACAGCUACGAUGAAGAUAGCGUCAUGGAAGUGGUCAGUAAUGUCGACUCGUGGGAAGAUAAUUGGUUAUUUCAAAAGAAAAAAAAGCAUAAGAUAAAAACAGUCGCCCAAGUAUCGGUCCCGAUGCUGGUGCCGAAUCCGUCUGAAAAAUAUAGAGCUUUGAUCGGCGACGUCGAUGUGGACGAGACAUCAGACCUAUCCGAAUGUUCCGACUCGAUUUUAGAAGACUUGACUGAUUGCAAUACGGAAAAAUCCGAUUCCAAUAUGAAAACGAAUUACAUAUAUAAAUACGAUUUCAAAAAUAAUCUCGAUACUGGGUCUCUUAAAGGGAAACAUUACGACGAUUCGGAAAAUUACGCAGCUGAUCAUGAUCAAGAUAGUUCCGGAGUCACGUCCAUCUCGAGAGAUAUCUCAGAUGUGUACUCGUUCAGUAGUCUAAGCCCGUGUCAGAGUGAAGAAGAAAGUUUACCCUGGACUGGUAUCAGGGAGGCGAAAAAUCAAAGCAUUUUCCACGGUCAAGAGGAUUCGGGCGAAGGAUCGUUGGAAACGCAACCUGAGAACGAAUAUUUGAACGAUGGUGAACUUGAACCAGAUUUCCAUGAAGAUAAAAUAAAGAAUUUAAACCACGAAGCACCAUCAAUUACCAGCAAUAAUCAUGAAAAAAGUAACGGUAUCUGCGAAUUGCCGGCCAAAAAUGAUAAUUCUAGUCUUAACGAUGAUUUAGCUCAACCACCUAAACCAGGCACCAUCGCUGAAAGAGAACACCAAAAAUGGGAACGGGCAGCUCCUCUACCAAAUAAUCCUUACUCAAAGGAAAAUAUUGAGAAAAGGAAUCUAGAUAAUUUAUAUGCCAGAUGCCAUUCUUCGAUGAGUGAUCAGAAUGAAACCGCUAGUGAUGAGUGCGAAAUACAAGAAUCAAUACGUCCUGAUAUCAAAAAGUAUGAACGUGAUUAUUAUGUGAAUACCAUUGCUACUGAUAAGAAUAAGGAAACCAAGAAAGAGAAUGGUAUAAACUCCAAACACACGUCGAGUUGUGAAAACGUUGCUCAAAAUGGGUUCACCAAUGUAUCGAACCAUGACGAUAAACCUAAGAAACCGAAUCUAGUCCGAGUUCUAUCCUGGUCCGAUCGUAAACAACCGGAAGUGGAAAUUCGAAAACGUCUUCCAUCUGUCAAAGAAUUAGCCAAACAGUUUUCUGUUCAACCCACAUUUCAAGAGGUCAAGAAACCUCUGAGCACAAAAAAUCAAAUGGUUCACAGUCUAACAGCUAGAAGCAUGUCGAAAGAAUUCCGCGAAGGGCUGAAGAAAAGCGCUGGAAAAACGUACAAUCGAAACGUACAUUCGACCAACGACGACGAACUCGAUAAAUCCGAAGACCUGCCUCAAAAUGGACACUUGCAGAAUAAAUUAGAUACGACGAUUUCAUUUUGGGAAAAUAUCUAAAAAAAAAAACAAAAAAACUGAGCAUUUUUCCAAAUCAAAAUUCUUAUUUAAUUUUCGAUUCGUGUAGCUCGCACAUUUUUAUUAGGUAUAUUUGAUUAGUGAUUUAUAAACUCGUUAUUUAUUUUGUUAUCGUAAUCACUCGUUAAUUAAUACUUGGCAAGCAUUUUUCGGUUGUGCCGAAAAAUGAUUCACGUUACCCAGUUUCUGAUUUAUUGGAAAAAAAAUGUAUUAGAUUGUAUCGCGUUUAUGAACGUGAAUUUUUCAAAGUCUAGCCGAAAAUUUUGACUGAACAAAGUUUUAUUUACUUAGGAUGGACUUUAGACGCUCGUGUCAUGUUAUUAAGUAGGUAUACUCGUACGAUUAUUGUUUUGAGUUCCACGUGAAUGUGGUUUUCGAUGUUGUCCCUCUCCCUUUAGCUGUAAGGAUAUUUAUGUUGACCAUUUUUAGUUCGAUUUUAAGUUUAGUUUUUUUUCCCCUUCAUUUGUCAAGUAGUGUAAUAAAAGUUGGUUUUCGAUGUUGA